ACGGGACCCCUGGGCACCCUGUUGGCAUUUUGGCUGUGCCAAGGCAUUCGUGGAGCUGCCACAAGCCCCAAAAGCGCAAACUUGGCUGCGAGGCGAGCGGGUUUGGAGCGCACAUGCAAAACAACGGCGAGGAGACUGGUUGGGUAAGCUCCCGGGGCGGGUCUGCGCCGUGGCCCCACGCCUGCCGCACCGGCCCCGCCACAGUCGGCAUCACCCACCCCGUGCCAGGGCACCCGUGGAGCACCCAAGGGUGCACCCGCCACCCCGCGAGGAUGCUGCAGGGCAACGGCCCUCCGGCACCACCCAACAAGCCCGAGGCCGGCGUCUGCUCACUGGCCUUGCCCUCGGACCAGCAGCUCGACGGCCGCAGCGGCGAGGCGGCCGAAGCCCAGCGGCUGCGCAGCGCCCGCGUCCAGGAGCAGGUUCGCAUCCGCAUGAUGCUGAGGGGGCAGGCGGCCGCCCGCCACGACGACCACGACGACAGCAGCAGAGGCGGUCAGUAUGGCACAACCCUGCGGUCCUCCUUCAGCUCCCGCUCCCAGAGCAAUGGCCUGGACCCCAAAGCCCCGCUCUAUCAGCCACUGCCCAAGAAGGAUUUUGGCACGCUGAAGGGCAGCAGCUGGUCCUCGCGCUCAGCCGUCGACCUCACCCCACACAAGAGGAUGGCGACCAUCAGCAAUGGGGGGUUGCCAAAGGGCCGGGGCUACGGCGCCGGCUACGCCGCGUCACAGGUAGCCAACACCUCGCCGCGGCCCAGCUCCUUCCACGAGCGCAACUACCGGGCACGGCAGAACUUCGACACGCUGUCGCUGCGCUCCCUGCGGCUGGCCGACGGGCCCCUGCCGCCCAGCGCCGACGACCGCUACAGCGUCAUCUCGGAGCAGCUGGACCCCAUGGGGCACCGCUCCCUCUACAAGAGCCAAGGCAACGGCGGCUUUGCCCGCUCCUACACCUUCGAGAGGCAGAUGAGUGCUGGCUCCAAUGCCAAAGCUGCCCCCGACUGGCUGGAUGGCAGCGAGGUGACCCAGAGCCGCACUAUCCGGGCACCCGCCAUGCGCACGCUCCAGCGAUUCCAGAGCAACAACCGCUCGCGGCUCAGCACCGGCUCCUUCGGGAGCAUCCAGGCAGCCUCGCAGAUGGGCGUCGGGAGCUCCUACCUGGGGAUGGGGGAGCACAGCUCCCGCGCGCCCUCCGUGCGCAGCCUGGCCGAGUCCAGCCACCGCCUGCAGGACCAGCGCGCCAUGGAGAUGUACAAUGGGCACAGCACACUGCUCAGCCACCAGUCAGGAGGGUUUGACGACAUCGACCUGCCCUCCGCAGUGAAAUACCUGAUAGCCAGUGACCCCAACCUGCAGGUCCUGGGCGCUGCCUACCUCCAGCACAAAUGCUACAGCGACAGCAACGCCAAGAAGCAGGCCCGCAGCCUUCAGGCCAUGCCCAAGCUGGUGAAGCUGUUCAACAGCCCCAACCAGGAGGUGCAACGCCACGCCACGGGCGCCAUGCGCAACCUCAUCUACGACAAUGCUGAGAACAAGCUGGCACUGGUGGAGGAGAACGGCAUCUACGAGCUCAUGCGGACGCUGCGGGAGCCCGACGAUGAGCUCCGCAAGAACGUCACAGGGAUCCUGUGGAAUCUCUCCUCCAGUGACAACCUGAAGGACCGCCUGGCCCGGGACACACUGGAGCAGCUCACAGACCUGGUCCUGGUCCCCCUGUCUGGGCUGGGGGGCUCAGGUGUCAUCCAGCAGAACCCCUCAGAGGCAGAGAUCUUCUACAACUCCACGGGCUUCCUCAGGAAUCUCAGCUCUGCCAGCCAGCAGACCCGGCAGAAGAUGCGCGAGUGCCACGGGCUGGUGGAUGCCAUGAUCCACUAUGUGAACAGCUCCCUGGAAGUGGGCAAGUCCGAGGACAAGAGUGUAGAAAAUGCUGUCUGCGUCCUGCGCAACCUCUCCUACCGCCUCUACGACGAAAUGCCCCCGUCCUCCCUCCAGCGCCUGGAAGGCCACAGGAGGAACAACAGCAGCACGGUGACUGGGGAGCUGGUGGGCUGCUUCAGCCCUCAGAGCAAGAAAGCACGAGAGCACUACCUGAAUGCAGACAUCGUUACCUUCACGGAGGUCUCUAAGGACCCCAAGGGCAUGGAGUGGCUCUGGAACCCACAGAUAGUGGGCAUCUACAACCGGCUGCUGCAGCGCUGCGAGCUCAACAAGCACACGACAGAGGCGGCCUCAGGCGCCCUGCAGAACAUCACUGCCGGGGACCGCAGGUGGGCGGGCGUGCUGAGCCGCCUGGCCCUGGAGCAGGAGCGCAUCCUGAACCCCGUGCUGGACCGCGUCCGCACCGCCGACCACCACCAGCUGCGCUCGCUGACCGGGCUCAUCCGCAACCUGUCCCGCCAUGCCCGCAACAAGGAUGAGAUGUCGACCAAGGUGGUCAGCCACUUGAUCGAGAAGCUGCCGGGGAGUGUUGGGGACAAGGUACCACCCGUCGAUGUUAUCGUGAACAUCAUUGCGGUGCUCAACAAUCUGGUGGUGGAGAGCCCCAUGGCUGCCCGCGACAUCGUGUACUUUGAUGGCCUCAGGAAGCUCUUCUUCAUCAAGAAGAGGAGGGACAGCCCAGACAACGAGAAGUCCUCCAGAGCAGCAGCCAGCCUCCUGGGCAACAUGUGGCAGUACACCAAGCUCCACCGGGACUUCAAGAUGAAGGGGUACCGCAAGGAGGACUUCCUCGGCCUGUGAGGACAACGCCGGGAUCCAGACUGCCCAGCCCCAUCUCUCCCCCCGGGAUGCUCCUCGCUGCCAGCCGUGCCCUGGGGAGGAUGCUCGCCGACGGACCCUCGCUCCAUAGCGUAGACCCCACUGCGUCCCUCACGCCUUCGCCGUAUCCUCCUUCCCUGGGCGGGGGACACUUCUCCUCUUUCUCCUGCCACAGCCUUAAACCCCAUGACAGCCUCUGGCUCUGCUGUGGGGCCCUGCUGGGAUGCCCAUGAGUUGGGACCACCACAGUGGCACCCAAGGGUGCUCAGCCCCCAGGGACACUGCUUGCUCCUGGGGAACAGGCUGCAAACUCAGCUUGUCCCAUGGCUCAGCAGAGGGGCAGGAGCUGCAGGGCUUUGGGAAUGCUGGUGGGGAAGGGGUUUCGGGGGGCACCCGUGCCAGCUCCCCAAGCCGCAGCACACCGGGUGUGGGGAGGGUGCGGGUGCUGCGCUGUGGGUCGCACCAUGGGUUGCACGUGCUCUGCCCUGGCUGGGCAGGGACGGGGCUUUGCAUAGCUCAGGGGCUUUUCAGGACAUCUGAGGUGGCUUCCCAAGGUUUCACAGGGCUGGUGCCACAGCUGUGAGGAGCUGGGAAGCUGCGCUGGAGACGCGGUGCUGAGCUCCCCCCUUUACCGGGGCUGUGGUCGAGGCUGCUCAUGCUCUCGUUUCAAGAAGCUGGGGGGUGUCAGAGCCACCUCACCCCAUCUGUACACCCCGCAGGGACCAUCGCGGUGAGGGCAGAGCAGCCACUGCUCUGCUCGGGGCUGGGCCAGGCUGGUGCUGUGUAAGCAGGAUGAGAGCAGGGUGGGGUGAUGCCCUCGGUGCCCGCUGUGGCUGGCGCAGGUGGGGCAGCAGGGCCAGAGCUCUCCUUGCGGUGGUGCGCGGGUGGGCUGCGGGGUGGCUUCGCUCUGCCGGCAGGGUUGGGGCUGGGUGG